AUGUCUACUCCCGUGGCAAAGGCUGCUCGUCGUGUGACCCACGAGCUCCGUGGUGUCGUGGUGUCGGCAGGUUUGAUGGACAAGACGGUUAAGGUCCGCGUUGGUGGACAGAAGUGGAAUAAGAUUGUUCACAAGUGGUUUGCCGACCCCAAGCAAUACCUCGUCCACGAUCCCAACUCCUCCCUGCGAUCAGGAGACGUCGUCUCCAUCAGGCCUGGAUGGCCAACUUCCCAGCACAAGCGCCACGUUGUAAAGCAGAUAAUCGCGCCUCACGGAGUCCCUAUCGACCAGCGACCCCCAGUCCCGACACUCGAGGAGCUCAUUGCCGAGAGGGAAGCCAAGAAGAUGGCUAAGGAUGAGCGCCGGGCUGCCAGGCGACAGGAGCAAGGACCCUCAGCAACUUCUGAAUAA